AAUGACUAGGCAUCGACGAACGUUCCAUCAAAGUCACAGCCACGUGAUGAACGAUUGACCUUCCCAAUUAAUUCAAAUAAAUAUUUUUUAUUCAUUAAUGAAACAGUUUACAGAUAGUUAAUUGAGACGGUCGGCCGUUGUGGUGUUGGUGUUGAGUCGGUUCAACAGUGAUUUCUUGAAACGAAGAAAAGAUGUCGAUCAUCGUGACCCAAGACCGGGACGAGGUUAUAACCAAGUUGACGCAGCUACUGGCCCACACCGCCAAUGAGAGCAUCCAGAAAAACGGCGCGUUUUAUCUCGGUGUAUCAGGCGGUUCGGUGGCGUCUUUCCUGACCCUCGGUCUGCCGAAAAUAACGACCGACUUCGAAAAAUGGAAGAUAUUCUUCUGCGACGAGCGCAUGGUACCGAUAGAAAACCCGGACUCCACCUUCGGCUUCUACAAAAAGCACCUCAUAGGUGCCGGCAACAUCGAACUGAAGGAGUCCAAUUUCGUCCAGGUCAUACAAGGUGUAACCCCCGAAGAAGCGGCCGAUGAUUAUGCGCAGAAAAUUGCUGAGUGUUUUCCCAACGCGACGCCCAAAUUCGACAUGCUCUUGCUGGGCAUGGGGCCGGACGGUCACACCUGUUCCUUGUUCCCCGGACAUCCGUUGACGGAAGAAAAGGACAAGUUGGUGGCUGCCAUCGUGGACUCGCCUAAGCCGCCCCCGGAGAGGGUCACGUUGACUUUCAAAGUCAUCAACAACGCCCGGAACUGCGUGUUCGCGAUGUGCGGGAAGGAAAAGGCGGAUAUGGUGAAAAGAAUUUUGGUUGACAAAGAGGACUUACCGUCCACAAGAGUUAAACCAGUAGGAGGCAACUUGUACUGGAUCGUCGACAAAGACGCUGGACAAUAUUUGUAGACGAAAAAAUAUUUUGUUACAAUUAAAACUUUUUUUGUAGA